AUGCCGCGUCGAGCCCGUACAGUAUGCAUCCGCUGCCACGGCAGCAAAGUCCGUUGUGACAUUGAAGAUCGGACAAGCGGAAUUUGCAGCGGGUGCGAGCAAAAGGGUCAUCAAUGCCAGCCUCACAUUGGACCUCGCAAGCAAAGGAAGGCUCUGCGCUCUUCACUAGCUGCCAAUGCGACUCCUCCGACCCCAAGCCAGACAUUGCCAACUCCAGCGCAAACACAAGCCUCGGAUACCACACUAUCAUCGUCUUACAGUACCCUGGAACAACGCACAGUGCAUUGCACAGAUCUCGGAAAUGCCAAUUCAAAGCAGCCAAACUACAUCGACGGGAGCGAGCUUAUUCUCGACAUAAGUCAGGCAUGUCGCCUUCCACCUCCAGUCAUCGCUCAAGCAUUGUCUGAUUUCUAUUUCCGUGAGCUAUUUCCAUUUGCACCAGUGAUUGAUCGGGGAAAAGUUGGAGCCUCAUCGUCGGUAUUGGUCCAGCAGUGUCUGUCUUUUGCAGGUAGCACCAUGCGUCAACCAGCAGGAGCAAGCGACUGGUCUCCUUUUUCCAUCUACGGACGGAUCAAGACACUACUUUUUGUGCGCCAAGAUCCAUGUCCAUUCAACAUGCUCAGCGCUCUUUCGAUCCUGAGUACAUGGCUCCCAUAUUCGCCCGAGGCAGUCGUACUGGACAGCCCAUGGCAAUGGACUGGCAUGGCAAUCCGAAUGGGAAUACAAAUGCAUCUGCACAAAGCUGACUCUUAUAAUCAACUGCAAAAUCCUGGGUUGAUCCGACGAACGUGGUGGUAUCUUUUCGUCACCGACACGUUACAAAUGGCUUGCUGUGGGCGUCCUGGGAUGUUCCCUUUGAAAGACAAUUCUGUGCCGUUACCUCAGAUCACCGAUUUCGAGAAUCCUGACAUGGGAGCACACGUAUAUUGUCAGAUGACACGUCUCUGUCUCGACCUGAAGAAGAUCCUUGACUCGGGUAGAGACAAUGAAGGCACACGAGAGCAGGCAUAUCAAGCCAUGGACAAUCUCAAACAAUGGCGAGAGAUCUUACCUAUCGAACUGCAACUGUUUGGCCUAGCCCAAGAAAGGCAGGUGUACAGCCGCCCUGUGGUUGAACUUCACAUCUUUUAUUUGGUGGCAGUUGUUCUGACCUGCUUCCUGGGACGUCGUGAUAACACCCCGUUACUCAAAUACCUCUCGAUCGCCGCAUCCUCUUGCAUUUCUCGACUGUAUGAGGAGAUCCUUUGUCGUGAAGAGAUUCAAUACCUUCUGCCAAUCCAUUCCUGGACUAUUCUUGUUGCCGCAAUCCCACGCGUAUUCUGCGACAUGGACACUCUGAAUUCACAUCGGGCGGAUGAUGCCAGAAUCAGCCAGCAAGUACUGGAGAAGAUGAGCGAGAAGCAUAGUUCAGCCGGUAUGGUGCAAAGCAAGAUUCAGGGCAUCAGCAACCUUGGUACCAGCAUGUUUCCUGUACAAUUCGAUGCUAUGUGGAAUAGUCUUCCGGCACCGACAUUAGAUGAGAAGACACACAUCAAUGCGAUGUUACCUUUUCCCGGAAGUUUUUGUCCAAUGCUUGAUUCGGUUAUGUCAAUGGAGAGCAGUGGAAAUGAGACACUUGAUUCCCUACCCUCAGUACCCACAGACAGCGAUGUGCAGGAUUGGCCGCUGGAUUGGUCUUUCUUUUUAUUAUAA